AUUAUAAUUUUUGUUAAAAAAAUUGUGUGGAAAAAACAUUAUUUCCAUCACCAAAACCAAAUGACAACAUAUUUCAAAUGCAAUAAUUCCGUGUUUCAAUUUAACUGAUCACCAGCUAGAUAAGUCUAUCAAAUGUUUCGAUCAUAUUAACUGCCUGAGCAGUAAGAAUUGUUUUAUUAUAAUUAUACCCUACUUAAUGACCCAAACCCAUCAAAACGAAUUCAAAUCAAAUAAAUAGUCCAACUGAAUUAGAAAAUUAUAGCAAACGUGAGUACAACUCUAAAAAAGUAGCAAACAUGAACGCAAAUCUGUUUUUAACUGUCAUUUUCGUAUUGGGAUUAAUUGAUGCAGCUUUUGGAUGCAAUGGCUACAAGGCAAAUAUUCUUAAAAUGGAGAAUUGCGCUGGAGCUGAUGCUAUAAUUUCUGCUGAUGCUGAUUUCACUGUUAAACUUACAAAGAAGUGUGAAUUAGUUCCAGUUGGAUGUGUUGCUAAUAAAGCUUUCGCCACAGCAAAGGCCAAGUAUACUCUGAAAAAGGACAAAAUGGUCAUCAAGGAAGAAGAAGUCGAUCUCUGCUCUGCUGUUGAUGGAGCUAAUCAGGAAGCUAAGAGCUUCAUGAAAGUCUUCUCAAUGCCUGAAAAAUGUCCAGUUGCAGAGGAAAAAAUCUGUGCCAAUGACCACAAAUUUGACGUUUCAAAAUACAAGAAUAUGAUGAGCUUGGCUAAAGGUUCCUUUGAACUUACUGCUGAAGUCACCCACGAUACUGGUAAAUCUUGCCUUCAUCUGGAGCUGGAAAUCACCAAAUAGAUUGACAAUCAUCAUAGAUUGCUCAAAAGUAUUUGCAAAUAGAAUUUAAUGUUUUUUAUUUUCGAAUACUUUGAAUAAAUUUAU